AUGUCAGGCCCAAUUCAGAGUGAUGCUGUCUAUCGACUGACUCCGAAAUCCGCGUCUGGGCUAAGACUCGAGCUGUCCAACGGCGACCCUGGCAACGGCACGCAGGCGCAAGGAUGGAGCGAGAUGCACGAUCAUGCUUUCUACAACCAGGUCUGGCUUCUUACGAAGGACCCACAGGGUUGGUGGAGAUUUGUGAAUCUUCGAUCCGGAAGUAGGUCCAUUGCGUCUCAGUCUUUGAGAGCCGCUGGUGAGGUUGAAACUGAUAACUCGGACUUGAAAUUAGCGAGUCUUGAUUUGGCGGGUAGUAGCUCAGCCAAUGGCACUAAGAUACAAGGCUGGGCUACGCUUGACAAUGAUCACCAAAAGUGGUUCAUCACCGACGCGGGCAGUGGAUACUGGAAGUGA